UUUUAUAUUUACUUUUAAAAGAAAAAUAUUUUACUUUAUUCCCAAGAUUUAUAUGGAUCUUACCAUCUUUGGAUACCAUUGAAGUCCACUUUACCCACAGGCAACUGCUUGAUUUCUCCCACCCGGUAGAUAUGACGCUCAUGCGUAUAUCCGCCAUCUUGUUGACUUCCAAUAAAGAGACGUUUUCGAAAAAUUAGUUGUAAAUUGGCUGCAUAUCAUAUGAAGCGACAUUUUGUAUUCUAAUAAUAAAAUUUGCAUCAUCGAAAUUCUGUAAAAAGAAUAUUCUGGCUGAAAAUGGAAAUUUGAGAAGAAAUUUGUCGCAUGACUUCAAACAAUUCUGUAUUCUCGAAGAUUAUACCACUAUCUUAUCAUGUUAUAUAUACGAUGACAAUUUUACCGAUUUUAUCAUUGUGUUAAUCAUUGCGUUCGUGACAAAGAGAGUGAUUAAUAUAUAUUUUAUCUGACAACAAAAAACGAAUUAACAAUGUCUAAUAUAUACAACAGUUGGAAUAAGUUACAACAAGGAAUCAAAACCAUCGAAUCGAACGAGAAAAUACCAGAUUCUAAACAAUCUAAGUAUUACUCAGACUCUGAUAACGUUAAUGCAAGUCCGAAUAGUAGUAAAAAUCUCACAGCGAAUUAUGUUCAUGGAAAAAAAAGUUAUGCUGGAGCUCUAAAUGUAAAGAAACCAGGAGAUGAAUCAAGUUCAAAGAACACUAGUCAUACUGGACCUUAUUCUGGACGUGGAGAUCUAACUUAUUCAGAUGAUCAUUUUAGAUCAAGCGUUGCCAGUUCUAGCAAAAGUAAUCUGAGUUUUAAAUCAGAAGGCAGCAGUGCCAGCGCUCAAAGUAAGCAUCAUUCCAGUCAUGACCCAGAAGAAGAUGACCAACAUCCAGUAUAUGCAUCAAUGGAAAGUUGCAUCGAUGAAAAGUCUCCAGCAGAAGAUUGUUUCGAUUACUUUACAUUUGCACUAUUUUCACCGGUGACAAGAGCACUGCUUGGAAAAAGAUCCGGUAAAGCAUACCAUAAACAUAAAUUGAUUGAUGACUGGGCGAUUCACGGAUUGUGGCCUACGGCUCAGAAAGGUGGAGAAACACUUCAAGACUGGUGUAACCGGAUAUUCCUAAGAUACAAUGAGCAGCUACUGAUUGGUAAAGAAACCCUGGUAGAAAGACUCCGUAAGCUGUGGUUCACUUUUUACGAUGAGUCUGAAAAAACUGAUGAGUCCUUUUGGCGGUACCAGUUCAACAAACACGGUAAAUGUGCCACUCGCUCAGUUUAUGUUCAUGACCAGCUAGGAUACUUCCAGUUGACGUUUGAGUUGUAUGAUGAUAUAAACCUCAAGAAAACCCUGGCGGAUGGUGGGUUUGUCAAAGGAACUUAUGUUAAGUUGACAGAGUUAUACAGAAUUGUUAAAGAAAAACAUGGUUAUUAUCCUUUUAUAGGAUACUGGUAUGAUCACAUAACCCAAGAACAUUACGUAUUGGAAAUCCAAUUGUGUUAUGACCACAAUUUAAAACCUAUAAACCAUCCAGAGGAGAGACAUAAUGAUCCGCAUACUAAAAACAUUGAAAUUUCUUACCUAGCAAGAGUGCCUCGAUAAAAAUAAAAUAGAUGAUGAAAAAUACCGCUUUAAAGUUACAAUCAGUGUCAUUUAUUGUAUUAUUAUAUAUUAUACCUUAUAAAUAUGUUCCUUUAUAAUCAAUUUUCGUUAAUAAAAUACCAUAUGCAUGU